CCCUCUUCAGUCCUCUGGCAUCUUCAGAUCACCCUUCCACCAUUUCCACCAUAAUAUCUCAGUGAUUAUCACUACAGAGAAGAGAUUAAGUGUGCUGAGAAGGAUCAGGAAGCUUGGGGUUUGCUCUGUCUGGUCAGACUGCUGAUUUGUAGAGAGGAUAGAGGCAGUUCAGAGCAACGGCCAUGACCAAAAGCAACGGGGAGAACCCGCGCUCUCGCAGCCGGGUGCAGCGGAUCCGUGAGGACAUUCAACUGCGCUCCCUGAAGGCCAAGAAAAAAGUCGAGGACAUCACCAAAGACGACAUUAAGACCUUCUUGAGGAGGAAUGCCUUCGUGCUGUUUACCAUCGGGGCAGUUGCUCUUGGCAUCAUACUCGGAUUUGCCCUGCGGCCAUAUAAGAUGUCCUACAGAGAGGUGAAAUAUUUCUCCUUCCCUGGAGAGCUCUUAAUGCGCAUGCUCCAGAUGUUGGUCCUCCCCUUGCUGGUGUCCAGUCUGAUUACAGGUAUGGCAGCACUUGACAGUCGGGCUUCAGGGAAGAUGGGGAUGCGAGCUGUGGUGUAUUACAUGACCACGACAUUCAUCGCUGUGUUCAUCGGAAUCAUCAUGGUCCUGAUUAUCCACCCUGGCAAAGGCUCCAAAGAUGAGUUUACUCAGCAGCAGAAAAUCGAGCAAGUCAGCCCAGCUGAUGCCUUCUUGGACUUGAUCAGAAACAUGUUUCCUCCCAACCUGGUUCAAGCUUGCACACAGCAGUUCAAAACCCAAUACGCCAAAAGAGUUGUACAUGUAAAGGUGAUAGUGAAUGAGAGCAUUUUUAAUCUGACCAAUGUUACUCAAGAGAUUGCUCAUGAAGAGAUCAUCCCAAUCUCUGGCACCACAAAUGGAGUCAACGCUCUCGGACUGGUCGUGUUCUCCAUGUGUUUUGGCCUGAUCAUUGGGAAUAUGAAGGAGGAGGGCCAAGCACUCAGGGACUUUUUUGACUCUCUCAAUGAGGCCAUCAUGCGUCUGGUCGCCAUCAUCAUGUGGUAUGCACCCAUUGGUAUCCUCUUCCUGAUCGCUGGCAAAAUUGUGGAAAUGGAUGACAUCACUGAAAUGGGAGGGCAACUAGGCAUGUACACCGUGACAGUCAUCAUAGGCCUCUUAAUCCACGGCAUUGUGAUUCUACCCACUCUCUUCUUUGUCAUCACCCGGAAGAACCCCUUCAUCUUCAUCACUGGCUUAUUGCAGGCCCUAAUCACCGCCCUGGGAACGUCGUCCAGUUCAGCCACUCUGCCUGUUACAUUCAAGUGCUUAGAACAGAACAAUAAAGUUGAUAAGAGGGUGACCCGCUUUGUACUGCCAGUUGGUGCUACCAUCAACAUGGACGGAACGGCACUAUAUGAAGCGUUGGCUGCCAUCUUUAUCGCCCAGGUCAACAACAUGGACAUGAACUUCGGACAGAUCAUAACUAUUAGCAUCACAGCCACAGCUGCCAGUAUCGGAGCUGCUGGAAUCCCCCAGGCUGGACUGGUCACCAUGGUCAUCGUGUUGACCUCUGUUGGCCUCCCCACUGAUGAUAUCAGCCUCAUCAUCGCAGUUGACUGGUUCCUGGACCGACUGCGCACAACAACUAAUGUGCUGGGUGACUCUAUAGGCGCAGGCAUCGUGGAGUUCCUGUCCCGAGAUGAGCUGCAGAACGGCGAUUUGGAGAUGGGCAACUCUGUAUUGGAGGAGAACGAAGUGAAGAAGCCUUAUCAGAAGAUUCCUCAAGAAAAUGAGUAUGAGAAUGAGAAACCUCCAGAUAGCGAAACAAAGAUGUAG